AUGAGCCGCCGCAAGAGAGUGAAGGUGGAAAAUCGUGAAUUUGAUGAGAAGUUAAAACACGAAGAUUCUGAAUCAGAUCAAUCUGAAAAAAGCAAGAUGGCAUCUUUGAGUCCUACUUUAUUUAGUGGUCGGCAGGAGUCAUUAUCUAGCAAAACAGCAGACAUUAAGGAGCCUAAGAAAGAAGAAAAGCCUAAAAUUUUUGAAGAAGUUAAGAGUGAUGACAUCGAGGAAGUCAACUAUAAGGAAAUGCUCAAUAGUUUGGAAGGUGCUGCAUUCCAGUCGAGGUUACCUUUUGACAAGAUGUCAUCAUUAGAAGCAGAAUGUUUCUCUGAUCUGCAAGGGCCUUCUAGUCAUGCUUUUGUGCAAAUUAGAAACCGCAUUUUGAAGCUGUGGUUUGAAGACCCAAAAAAACAACUAACCCAAGAAAUCUGUCUUCAAAAAAUGGAACCACCAUAUAAUGGCGAUCCAGCCUUAAUUAUGAGAACUCACGCCUUCUUGGAGCGUCAUGGUUUUAUCAAUUACGGCAUUUAUGAACGCAUCACACCAAUUCCUUCACCACCAAAAGGAAAACAGAGGCCAAAAGUGAUCAUUAUUGGAGCAGGAGUGUCUGGUUUAGCUGCUGCUCGUCAGUUGCAGUCUUUUGGCUGUGAAGUUGUAAUAUUAGAAGGAAGAGAUAGAGUUGGAGGCAGAAUCGUUACAUACCGAAAAGGCCCUUAUGUGGCCGAUCUAGGAGCUAUGGUAGUAACAGGUCUAGGCGGGAAUCCGGUUACAACAUUAUCAGUUCAGAUGAAUAUGGAACUCCACAAAAUAAAACAAAAGUGCCCACUUUAUGAAGCAACUGGAAACCAAGUACCGAAACAUAAAGACGAAAUGGUGGAACGUGAAUUUAACCGACUUCUAGAUGCCACGUCGUAUUUGUCCCAUCAGGUGGACUUCAACUAUUACAAUGAUACCCCUGUCUCCCUCGGUCAAGCACUUGAGUGGGUUAUUAAGCUGCAACAGAAGAAUGUUAAACAUAAACAGAUACAACAUUUGAAAGCUGUGAUAACCUUACAAGAAAAGCUUAAAGCGAAUAUAAAUAAAAUGACGGACGUUCAAGAAUUGUUAAAAUCUAUGAAAGCAGAGAAAGAGUCAUUGCUAGUGGAGAGAGACAAGGGCACUUCCGGCGAGGCGGGAAUCUUGCAGGAGUUCAAUCUGCGUCGUCUUAACCGAGAAAUGAACCUGCUCUGUAAUGAAUACGAGUCACUGGUCGCGCAGAACAAUACCAUCGAGGAUAAAUUAACGCAGCUAGAGUCCAAUCCGCCGAGUUCGGUGUACCUGUCGGUGCGCGACCGCCAGAUACUGGAUUGGCAUUUUGCUAAUUUGGAGUUUGCCAACGCCACUCCCCUCGGCACCUUAUCGCUAAAGCAUUGGGACCAAGAUGAUGACUUCGAGUUCACAGGCAAUCAUUUAACAGGCUCAUCUCCUAAACGGUUGGGCCGAUUUUGA